AUGAACGAAAUCUCGACAGACCAGCUGUCUGGCGACGCGAUCAUGUACAUGAUCCAUCACAUUUUUCUUCCGUCUCAACUACCUCAGGAGGACGACACUAGCUCGCAAUAUGAGACCUUCAUGGUCGACAUCACUAUCAAAGCCCUCCGGAAAUUCAAGUCAUGUCACGCGGAGCACGAUACUGGCGCGAUUGACUCGGUCAUUAACAUGGUCAACAGCCUGAAAGCCAUCAGUGACACUUUCGAUACGGUAGGGACGGUCAAUGAAAAGAAGCUCUUCUCUGCGUUGGGGGAUUUGGCUCGCAAAGGUGGCAUCGUCCUGCUCCACAUCCGAGCCCAGAAUGCCGGCGUCAUGAUCAGCGAGGAGAAGGGCUCCAUCCAUAUAGAGGUGUUUGAGCUGUCUCCUCUCAACCGAGCGGUUCUCACUACAAAGGGUCGACUUCGGCGCUCUUUCCCAGGUUGUGCUCGCGCCCUGAGCAUCGACGUGUUUGGACGACACGAUUUUCAGGCCACAGUGGCCCAGACGCUUUCCAAAAUGAGCCAUCAGCCCGCUGUGGGAACCAAACCGCAAGUGAAAAAAGCCGGCUCCAAGCACGACGAGAAUCGAGACUCGACUCAUCCCAAGAUGGUCACGGAACUGUUUGUGGGAUUCCUGAGCGCGAUAGGCGAAGCUGUGAAAGUGACACCACUGUUCAAAAAUACCCGAGAGGAGGUCAUGUGGAGUGACGCCCUCCUUCCAUGGCGACGAUCCCCUCUCUGGAUGCUUCUUCGUGUCUCCAUGCAGCUGGUGUUCUCUCGAUGGCAAGACAUGCAUGAACUCCCGGCAGAGUAUUACAAGACCUUCAUGGUGUUUCUCAUGGGCGAAGUACUGCAACUCUCGCUCGGGCACAACAUUCCCUCCGAUCUGCUCUACGCCAUGAACGCUAAACUUGGUCGACGCCUCCUCAAGCUGGAUCCAUCCGUCCCCAGGGCUGGACUCCCCGUGGUUCACGGUGUGAUGCACCGGGCCGCCGGACUGAUUCGUACGAGGUGGAAGGAGAUACAAAAUCAAGCUUCUCCGUUCCAUGAUCUGUCGACUCUCGAGAGCCUAGACUUCGACCACGACGCCGUUGCCGGACUUGACAGUCUAGCAGAACUAGUCGACUCCCCGUCCAGUGGAGCUCCCGGUACCGCCGCGGCCUGCUUUCGUCCUACGUCUCUCUUGAUCAAAUUCCCACCGGAGGUGCUCCCAGCUUGUCCCCGCCCCUCAGGAGAGUAUGCAUGGUAUGAGCUCAAAGCUUUUGAGGCGUGGGUGGCGUCUGGAUUAUCUCGAUGGGGGAAGAGCCAUGAGGGUGACGACAGCACUUGCGCCAAAAUCAGUGCAUUGAUCGUGACUUACUAUCAAACAGCUUCUCCCCUUUAUGCUGGUGAUCCCGAGAGCCUUUCCGUGCUGCUUUUGACCGUUAUCGAACUUUGGAUUGUCUGCGAUAGGUCUGCGUUGCAUCUCUGUGGACUUCUCAAGGACUAUGAUCCUGGAAUCCCCCACGACAUGCUUCAGUCUCUGGUACUACCCUCAAAAUCCCAGAUGGAACGACUGCUCCGCGCCGAGGAUUACCUACGAGACCGUCGAACGCGCGCAGUUCACGCUUGUCCCUCUGUCUUUCGCCAUUAUGGUCGUGCAACCUGUUUCGGGGUGAGGUAUUUCGAUGUAUCCGCCGAGCAUCAACGUUUACGUCAAGACAUUGAACGGCAUGCCGCUCAGACCAAGCUUGAAAAGGUCAACGAGCUACGUCGAAAGAAGGAUGAAUACAACGCCCUGAUGAAACUUCACGAUCAAGCCAGCUGUCAAUUUAUUGACGUCAUCGUGGAUCAUGAAUAUGAUGUUCGGGAGCGACAACACAGUCGUGCCUGUAGGAAGUGCGACUACAGGUCUCGAGCCGCCAGCAUUGCUAUCCACGUCCACGAAUGGCCGUUACCGAACAACUCACUGGAAGCCAAAUCCACCGUCUUUGAGCUCAAGCUCCCCCCUUUCUUUGCUCAAUGGCGCGACACAGCAUUCUUUCUGCUCACGGAAGUCUUCAACGCCGAAUCCCAGGUCACCCACAGGCCCCGCGCGAAUCACCCUCUGCAGAGCUACCAAGGACUCUCGUCCUAUUUUACUGCGGCCUUCUCUGGACAGCGUCUUGUUCUCCUUUCUGAAGUCAAACCGCAUGGAGUCACUCAUCGUCGAGCCAGGCCAAUCGGCGUCACCGAUGAGAUUGAUAUCUGUGUCAACAAUGGCUUGUCUUAUCGAUACUAUGACGAUGCCCGGGGACAUUUUGUCGACGAUUUACAAGUGGGCCGUAUUUGUCAGUCAAUACUCCUGCGUACGGCGACAAGAAGGUUGGCAAGACUACCGGAAUGA